AUGGCUGCCGCCCUCUCCAGCCCUGAGCCGCAGCCCGUUGAUCUGGACGAUUUAGAUUCGGAUUCAGACGACAGUGAAAUGGAGUCGAGUGUUGCAAUGUUGAUCCAGAAGAGUAAACAGAAACGAAAAGCGGACCUCGCCUCCGCUCCCAGCUCUCCGGAAAGUGAGACGAGUUUCGGUCCGAGAUACAACCUCCGCCGGUCUUCACCUUCCAUUCCGCGCAAGGCACCCUCGGCACCUACGCAAGCUCGCACCGUGAAGAAGAUAGACCCUUUCGCAAUUCUUCUUCGAGAGAAGAGGCGCGAUGAGCGCACUGGCAUGGGGAUGACUAUUAUUCGCGAGGCCGACAGGACGGUCGCAGAACAUAAAGCAAGCCUGUUGAGCGACAUGGACGACGGAGACUGGAUAGAGGGGGAUACGCGUGGAGACGACAGCGACGACGAGAUGGACAACACUGAGGCGAUUGCCAACGCCAACAGAUGGCUAGGCCCCAGUGCCAAAGCUGUUGAUGCGAUCUUAGCCAGUGACUCAAGGGAGAAGAAGGAGAGGAACAUGGAGAAGCUCCGAGAGUCAAUAGGAGUGCCAUUCUGGCUUCAAGGGCAAGCCGUCGACGAGGUAAUGGGUCGGGAUCCAGGCUCCAGCAUACCCCCAUUCACCGACUCGGAUGAUCAUCCCCUGUUCCGGCGGCUGCGAGACAUCACUGCGAGACAAGAUCACAUCCAGAUGGAAGUGCUCCUUUCUUCCAGUUUCUCGUUCCUCAAACCCUGUCAACGAACUCCUGUCAUUUCGUGGUUAUUCGAAGUUGCCUUUUCUGAUAUGCCGUCACCCCUUCCCGAUCUUGCGUUUUCCAGGCUGGUCGAACUGGCCCCGACCAACGGAAUCCCUGUUCUGCACGAAGUAUCGAUCACAAGGGCUCUUCUUCGUAUUGGGGCGUCACCCGCCGCUCUCUCACAGCACGGAUUGGCUUUAUCCAUUACGCCCAUGACCCCUCAGACCUAUACGCUUCGUAAGCGCUCUCAAUUUCGCUAUAACGUUUAUCGGCUCACAUUCUACAGCACAUGGGACCCCACAAAACGUAGCGACACCAUGCUCAUGAUGCUUCUCCUCACCUUGGAUUCGACGACGUCUGAUCAAGCGCUAGUCGAAGUCAAAAGGGCGAAUGAUAGCUUGGCAAAAGCUCUGUCGGCGGCCGAGGAGCUCAUCUUAUGCAAGAAGUUAGUUCCGUUCGGCCAAAAGUUGUCUCCCGCCAACCAGGCCCUCCUCCUUUCAUCCAUCCCGUCGGUGUCAGACUCCGCCAUCCGCAUCGCACGCGUAGUGGCGCGCGCGCUUCUACUAGGGACUUCAGACCUCAGCGCAGAUGAUCUGGAUCAUCUCCCCUCUCUUAGGCCGUUGAUAGGACUUCUCUCAGCCCCUUCCGGCUCCAAAGAAGCGUUCGAUGUCACGGGCAACGCUGACGCUCCCGGCUUCUUCAAUGACCUUUCAUGUCGGGUCGAGUUGCUCAGUCGUGCCCUUACGAAUAUUCAUGACUACGCCAUCCAAGAACUCCGGUCGGUUUCGUCCUCUGCCUCUCAAGAUCUGAACAAAUCCACCGACGGAGAUGCCUCGAAGGAAAGUGUGUUCAGGGAGCGAGACAGGCAGAAGACGACGCCACUGCAGCACAUCACAGCGCGACUGAACACCUUACACGGCAAUAUCGUCGACACUCGUGCCGCACACCUCGAUCGCUCUCGAGCGAAAGCCGCACUUCAACGGCUGUCGUUCCGGGUGCAUUAUCAGCGUAUGGCCGCGCUGGCGCUGAGGUCGGCCGGUGCGCAGCGCAAUCUGCUUGGUUACUUCCAAAGUUCGUCUUAG